GUCAAUCAGGGAUGGAAUGGACAGUAUGGGGAUAUCAUCUCUACGUACUGGCAGCAGGAGGUCACGACGCUGGAUAUUCGCGAGCAAGACUACAAGUUGCACCAGCUCCCUCUGGCGCGGAUAAAGAAAGUGAUGAAGGCUGACCCAGAAGUCAAGAUGACAUCGGCUGACCCUCCGAUCUUGUUUGCUAAAGGCUGCGAUAUCUUCAUUACCGAGCUCACUAUGCGUGCAUGGAUCUACGCUGAAGAAAACAAGCGUCGGACAUUGCAGCGAGGCGAUAUUGCGUCUGCACUGGCGAAAUCGGGCAUGUUCGAAUUCUUGAUUGACAAGGUCCCUUGUGAAGAGGCA